GUGUGAUAUGAGCAAUUUAGAGUGUUAUAAGAGUAAUUUUCGAGUCAGAGUAACAAAUCUAAGACCCACCGGCCCAUUAUAUCACCGUUUUCGUCUGAAGCUGUCUUUCCACUUUCAUUCUUCUUCUUCACUAAAUUUCACCACCGAGUUUCUCUUGAAGAUUUUUCUUGUUAUCUGGUAGUGUUGCUGUGCUUGUAAUCAAUAUGGCAUAUGAUAUUGAUGAGAUGAAGAAGAUUGGCAUAGGGCUAAUUGGUUUUGGCAUCUUCUUCACGUUUCUUGGCAUAAUUCUUUUCUUUGACCGUGGUUUGCUUGCUCUAGGAAACAUAUUUUGGUUGGCAGGGGUAGCAAUUUUGCUUGGUUGGCGUUCCAUGUGGUCACUCUUCACUAGUAGAGCAAACUAUAAGGGUACUGCGUCAUUUCUUCUAGGCCUCUUUUUCAUUUUUGUGAGGUGGCCAAUAGUUGGUAUAAUACUUGAAAUAUACGGUUGUGUUUUCCUCUUCAGUGGUUUUUGGUCAUCUGUCAAAGUGUUCCUCUACCAUAUCCCAGUUGUUGGAUGGGUUAUACGGUUUAUUGCACCUCCUUGAUUAUUGCAGAAGGAGAUUUGGUUGUUGCAUCUAACUAUAGGGGCUCAUAAAGCUGUUUGGUUUCCUUGGUGUUAGUGAUUUUUCUGAUAGUUUGUGCUUGAAUGUGAUGUUAACUAGCUUUUGUAGUUGUUUGCCAUAAGGCAUAUAAGCAUCUUUUACCGAAAUUUGUUGUGAAAUUUAGUUUAUAUUGUGGCCAUAUUUUGAUGCUUCAAGGCUCGUAGUGUCAUUAAGUUUUCAGUGUACUCAAGAACAAAAAACAAGGAUACAAGCUGGUUAUGUUGUUUAGUCGUCUACCAGCAUGAAGGCUCACUCCUGAUGUACACUUAUUAAACUGUAAAUGAUCAAAAGUUCUAACAUA